GUGGAGGAGGCAGCGCCACCGCCGCCGUGGCCGCCCGAGUCUCGGAGACCAACGCCAAAAGGGAGACGACGAGGAAGGCGGCGUUUAGCAUAUUCGGCCCAUGAGCUCAACCGGCCCAGUCAGGUCAGAAGAAGACGUGGCUGUCUGGCCCAUGUAGUACUUGGGUUGGAAUGGGCCGAGCGGGAGAGGGAAUCACUGGCCCGACGGGUGGUAUCCUUUCCACCAACCAACCCAAGUAGCCGCCCUCCUCUCUCCGCCACUCCAGUAGGCAGCGCCCCCCGCACGCCGCCGCCGCGAGACGUCGCCGGAGAAGAAUCCGCCGCCGCCGCGAGACGUCGCAGGAAAGUACCCUUAGGAUGGCGACCCUGAGGAACUUGAAGAUCAAGACGUCGACGUGCAAGAGGAUGGUCAAGGAGCUGCGCUCGUACGAGAAGGAGGUGGAGAAGGAGGCGGCAAAGACCGCCGACAUGAAGGACAAGGGCGCCGAUCCCUACGAUCUCAAGCAGCAGGAGAAUGUUUUAGCCGAGUCAAGGAUGAUGGUCCCAGACUGCCACAAGCGCCUUGAAACUGCACUGGCAGACUUGAAAGCAACGCUGGCUGAACUGAAGGAGUCAAAUGAACAAGGCGCUGAGAUCGGAGAAGCCGAGAGUACAAUUGCAGAGGUCGAAGCUGUGGUCAAGCCAACAGAAGAAUGAAUUCUGAACUCCCAAGUCUCAAUUGCUGAACUACUAGCAAGCAUCCUUAUUGAUCUCGUUGAGACCUUGUGAGCUCGUUAGUAAGAUGUGUUUGAUGUAAACUCAUGUACCAGUAUCUUGACUUGGAAAUUCUAAGACUGCGCACGGAAUUGUGUUUGCUCAUAUGCUUA